GUUUCCAGCCGGACCAAGUGCAAUGAAACACAAGAGCUCGCCGCCGGAAAUGUAAACGAGAAACCUUCAAGUUGUUAUUAGUUCUGUCCAGGUUCCACAUUUGUAUUGCUGUAAGAGACAAACAAUGGACGACCAAGGGUGUCCGAGAUGCAAAACAACAAAAUACAGAAACCCUUCGCUGAAACUGAUGGUGAAUGUUUGUGGACACACGUUAUGUGAGAACUGCGUAGAGAUGCUGUUCGUCCGCGGCUCAGGCAACUGUGUGCAGUGCGAGACGCCCCUAAGAAAGAGCAACUUCCGCGUGCAGCUCUUCGAGGACCCCACUGUUGACAAGGAAGUGGAGAUCCGCAAGAAGGUGCUAAAGAUAUACAACAAGAGAGAUCUUGAUUUCCCCAGCCUGAGAGAAUAUAACGACUACUUGGAGCAAGUAGAAGACAUUGUGUUUAACCUUACAAACAACAUCGAAGUGGAGAACACCAAGCUGAGGAUGGAGCAGUACCAGCGGGAGAACAGAGAUCUUAUCCAGAAGAAUAAAGUUAAGCUUACUCGAGAGCAGGAGGAACUAGAGGAACUGCUACUAUUGGAGCAGCAGGGCAGUGAACAGCGGAGACUGGAUGUGCUGCAGGAGGAGCAGAGGCAGCUUCUGGCCAAAAAGAAGAACAAGCAGGCUCUGCUGGAUGAACUGGAGCAGUCUCAGGUCCCUGCCUCCAUCUUGCUUGCCAAACACAAGGCCCGUGUUUCCCAGUUGGAGACAGAGAUAGAGCAGCAGAAACAUGCGGUCAAACCCACCAAUCUCUUUUCAACGGGAAUUCAGAUGCGUCAGACGGUAUCUCUACAAGCUGUACCCAAGUUAGAAGAAGCUCUUUACCACUACAGCCCCCUCCAAAUUGAAACAUUUGGACCACCGGUGCCUGAACUGGAGCAGCUAGGAAGACUCGGAUACUUGAACCACGUGCGGGCAGCCAUGCCUCAGGACACAGCUGGAGGAUACAGCUCGGCGUUGGCGUGUCAUCGAGCCAUCCAGGAUGCUUUCAGUGGCCUCUUCUCACUGACGGGCUGACCUCAAACUCUUUUUCAAAUAAAGGGCCAACAACAAAUACAUCACUGAAGAGGACAAACAUUUUCAUGGUGGUCAGUGUAAACAGAGAUGUAAAAUAUUUUUCCUGUGUCACUUUUAUGCAUAAAUAAAUCACAAUUCCCACAGUC